UUCUUUGCGGGGGCAUCUCUCGCACGACACCAAGCUAAGCUGUGGAAGCCUACGAAGGACGGGAAAUCGAGGGAUCAAAAUCCACAAGUGAAUCCAUGGGAGCUGGGAUGAAGCGCGGGAGGGAGGAGGAGCCAACCGUGUCGUUGGCGUUGUCGCUGAGCCCGGACUCCUCGACGUCUUCCGUAACGUCGGCCGAUUCGGGUGCCGGUGCGCAGGCCAAGCGCAAGCGGGGUGCCGUGGUGGCGACGUCGGGGGAGGGGGAGUUCGUGUGCAAGACUUGCGGGCGGGCCUUCCCGUCGUUCCAGGCGUUGGGCGGGCACCGGACCAGCCACCUCCGCGGCCGCCACGGGCUGGAGCUCGGCGUCGGCGUCGCCAGAGCCAUCAAGGAACGGAAAAGGCGUGAGGAGAAACAACACGAGUGCCACAUCUGCGGACUCGGCUUCGAGACGGGCCAGGCGCUCGGGGGGCACAUGAGGCGGCACCGUGAGCAGAUGGCACCGCGCGGCGCCGACGAUCGCGGGGUCGCGCUGCUGCCGGAUCAGGAUGUGGCGGGGCAUCAUGCCGCCGCCGACCAGCCCCCGGUCUUGCUCGAGCUGUUCGUCUAGGCUGGAAAGCAGAUACGCUUUGUUUUGUUUCCUAAUGCGUGAAUGGACGUGUACAUAUAUAGGUUCGUUG